ACUGUUGCUUGGGAGCGCAGAAAAGGAAGACGCCAUUUUGAAACAGUGAAAAACCAAGCUACCCGGUUCCGUGUAAAAGAGUUGCAUGAUCGCUGUUUGUGGUGUGUCUUGACGUGCUAUUUGAGUGAAUUUUGCGCCCCUGUUUAUUGCCAACCGCAUUUUAUUAUAUUGUGCAACGAAAUAGCAACCCCUCAGAACGGAAGUGAAGUAUCCGUUGCCAAGUGUGAACAGCUUACAUAAAUAAUGAUGGAUAUGUCCGGUCCACCGAGAGGUGGCUAUCGUGGCCGUGGAGGACCGCCCCGAGGUGGAUACAGUGACCGGGGAAGCUCACCAUUUCCAUUCAGAGGUCGCGGCCGUGGAGGCGGACCACCGAUGGGUCCCCGUAUGGGUAUGGGAGGCGGUGGCCCCCCUAUGAUGCGUGGACGAGGGGGAAUGAUGCGAGGCGGCGGUCCCCCAAGGGGUAUGGGUGGUCCGCCACGAGGUGGUGGCCCACCGAUGUCGCGCGGUGGCCCAUACGGCGGCGGUGGUGGCGGCCGCCCAAUGGGUGGUCGUUCCAAUUACGGAGGCCCUCCGUCCUCCGUAUCGAACGGAUCGGGACCGCCCGCCGCUAUUGCUGCGGCAGAAAAUGGCGACGGUGGUAAGGUGGCGGAAACAAACGGUGCAACUAAAGCCGUCUCGACCACCUCGGGCGGUGGAUCGGGUGCGGGACAGAGUGGUGGAAGUUCCGGCGGUUCGGGCACCGGUGCUGCCCAGGGCGGUGCAUCCGGUGGAUCCGAGACAGAGCACAUGUCGCCGAAACAAUCGAUAAAAACGGCCGAUUCGAGUAGCUUGGCGGCCGGAUCGCAAGAAUCGUCGAUACAAUCCACACACUCGUCUGCACCGUACCAUUCGUCUCCGCGCGGAAUGUCCCGUGGACGGGGCGGAUUUAUGUCACGCGGCAUGAGUCGUGGCCGGGGUGGUGGCGGAGGUGGAUACGGCGGCGGUGGCGGUGAUUACGGUGGACCAAGGCCGUACCGCGGCGGAAUGGGCGGAGGCCGAGGACGAGGCGGUGGUGGUGGGUAUGGUGGUGGUGGCGGCGGUGGCGGCUAUGGCGGAGGUGGUAUGUCCGGUGGUGGCGGUUACGGCGGAGGUGGUGGUGGAGGUAUGGGUGGUGGUGGCGGUGGUGGUGGAUAUGGCAACGCACCACCCUCCUCUUACAACCCGAUGGGUGGCUACGGACAAAACAAUGGUGGUCCGGGAGGUGGUGGGUACGGUCAGGGUCCACCGCCACCCCGCCAGUUCGACUCACGCCAGCCAGCGAACCCGUCCGCCGUACCGCCGAUCAACAAGCGCGGUGGUAUCCCUGGAGUGGGAGGCCCCCCGGGACCGAAGCGUGGACGGUACGAUGCUGGCCCGCCAACACGCGCUCUGCCACCGAAGGCUAUGCCACCGCAUCACGGUGCGGCGGCUCCGGUUCCGUCGUACAGUGCUCCACCCCAGCCAAUGGCCAACCACGGUGGCUAUAGCGAUCCGAACGCGCAUGCUCCACAAAUGGAACAUCAGUACACGCACACACCUGCGGCCAACACUGGCGGAUAUGGAAACACGGCCGCACCGCAAGCCGGCUACGCCAGCAACGGAUACAGUCAAAGCUCGUACGGCAACACGACGAUGGCUAGUACCGGGUAUCCUAGCACUGGCACGGAGUACGAUACCACACACUAUGAUUAUAGCAAUACGGCCACAUACGAUACACGCUAUCAGUCUGGCUACACGCAGGAUUACAGCCAAACGUACGGCACCACCGCGGACUAUAGUGCUGUUUCGACAGACACAUACGCCAGCCAGCAGUACGACGAUCGCUCCACUGCCUACAGCGGCUACGACGCGCAAGCGUAUUCGCAGGGCUACGCCAAAACUGAUCAAUACGCACACAGCGGUUACUAUUAAACAGCUUAAUAACCGGCUAAUCAAAAGCAAAAACGAUACCGCGAGUGCAUGCCUAAAAAAGGCAAAGGGAUGAUGGUAUAAGGAAUAAGAAGGGUGUGCGAGUGUGUGCGCGACAGAGUACGGAGAAGAGUACACAUCAAACAGCAGCUGCCGCUACUCUUAACGCGAACAAUAACGGCGCAAAACAGCUUUCAAAGAUAAAACUCACACAUACACACUCAAAGGCCAUGCUGUGCAGUGGGGAAACGAAAACUAAAUAGUCAACUGAAGUGUGCGCGCGCGCCUGGGGUGUGCAGGAUCAAUACACGUCUUCAAGAGAAUGAAUCCUUUCUCGGCAAUCACGCGUCAAAGAAGAUAGGAUGAUAAGCAAACAGUACAGAGUUCUAUGCAAAACGCAUCUCCCGAUUGUGUGGUGUGUAGCCUGGUGUAAAGUGGGGAGGUCCUUCCCUGUGCACUAUUACUCAACAUGAUAACGAACUCAUCUAUUCAGAAGACCAAAAAUUAAUAGAGAAAAACGAAAAGAACAAUGGUUUUUGCCACAUCGCGCUACGCUCCCACACGAAGGGCGUAGAGUUACACCUACCGACCGACAGUGAUCGAUCAUUUACAAGUUGUGUACAGAACUACCUAAACGGAAUCGGCUAAUGCCGUGGAAAAAAGCCAGCAUCAGCAAAAAUAGUAAGCAAAGCGAUAGUAGGCGCAUUAUUCUGCCAGCUGGCAUGGGAUGCUCGUUUUAGCAUAUUAGUAGUUUAAAAACAAGAAUCAUAACAGUCGAGUAGUAGCAGUCUCUUAUCAGUUUAAAGCAGAUAGUGUGAGCAAUUAGUACGUAAGCACAGUUCGUGAACUAUUGCGCAGAAUUAUUAAUGACAUAGUGGGAACAGACAGAAAGAGAUACACAGAAAGAAAGCCAGGUAUCUAUCACGUUUGAUGAACAGAAGUUUUGUUUUAAGUUUAAAUGUAUUCCACAUACACACAGGGCGACGACAGGCUCGAUAGGUUUAAAUAAUCUAGCAAAGGAGUGGCCCCACAAGUGGACAGCAGGAGUUCGAUAUGCGUCUUCAUGCAAAAGCGACUAAAAUUAGGAAGUUAGCUCAGUGCAUGCGCAGAACAUUGGAAAACUGCAAGACACAAACGCAAAAACAGGAUUGAAUUUGUAAUAAUUUAAUUGGUUUUAAAUCCCUUUUAUUUGUUACAAAAGAUCAUCAUGCAAGAGUUUCUCUUUAAGGUAUCCUUUUUUGUUUUGUAAAAGUAUGACUAAGCACACAGACUCUUAGAACCCAAUAGACGCGAUACUAAUAAACCCAAUAAAUAGUGUGAUUUUGUUUUAAAGCGAAUUUUCUCAAAACAGUUAGUAACUUAGCUUUUUAUAUACUCAACUGACUUGUAAAUGCUUUGAGUUUUUUUUUUCUGACGCCUUCGAGAGACAAUUAUGUAUUUCCCUUUAUCUUUCGUUAUCUUCCACUGAAAUAUAUUGUGUUAUAGUCAUAAAAAUGCAGGGCUCAGCAGGACGCAGCAAGGCAUUCAAACAUAUUUUUUUGGCUACCACUUAGAACGUAAGCUUAAGGAAUAAUAAUAAUAAUAAUAACAAUAUAGACUAGAAAUUACAGCGAGGAAAUUACAGUAGGGAUGAGGUGCGUGUUAAGCAAGAAUUUUGGCAGGCAACUUACAGCCAAUUUGUGCCCGUGCACAGUGCGAAGGGCAAAUUACACAUCGGAAAGGGUUUAAGCAUUUUUGAAAGCAGAGUAUUGGCAGUGGUAGUAGUAGGUAGGUAAGGUGAGUCAGUUAUAAAACUACGUUUUCUAUACAUAAUUUGACUUUCACUUGAAAUGUAGUCGCCCCCUUUCCACGUCAUUUAACUCAAAACGUGAAAGAUGUCCAAGCAAGUCAAGCAAGUAAAGGGAUCAGUUUGUGCAGAGUGUACUAUCUUACGGUGGAGCAGCAGAAACGAAAAUAAAAUGGAAACAUUAAACCAACUACACACAACCAACCGAUAAAGCUAACCAUAAAUAAAUUUGGUAACACAAACCGUACAGUAUGCUUUAGAGGGCGCGUUUCAUUAUUUUACCUACUACACAAACCUUUCGUAGACUCCGGUAUCUCUCAGACGAAAUAUUUUAUUAUUCUCAUCAUUUUCGUGUGUAACGUCCUAUUUUGAUGGCUAAGGCAGAGGAAGAAAAGCACGUUUUUAUGCCCUAAGUCGUACAAAAAUCUACAAUACCAAUUGCUCAAAGCACUGAAAGAAGAGGAAGGGACAGGGAGGGUACACAUGGUUAUGUGUUGUGGAACAUAUACAUAUCAACGAGUACGUACAGGUAUAUAAGAGAGUUUACCUGUAAGGAAAUGAACACUUACCUGUGUACCGGAAGGGGGUAACAAACAGCUCUAAUCUCUACAUUUCGGUCGGUACCAAAAGCAAGCAACGGCUAUGCAAAGUUAUGUUUCGAAAUGAUUUCAUUGCAUCCUCUUAUCUAUAGAACCUUCACCGAAAAGUCAUUCCCUUGAAAGACAAAAGCUACCUGGCUGUUGUAAAAAUCCAUCUACCGGGUACCUGCAAACGCCCUAAAUCUACAAAAAGGUUUUCUCUCUACCUAUUAUGCUGUAUAAUGUCUGUAGACAAGCAACAGGCAAACCUUAAAUAUGACUUAUUUUCAAUAUUCGUUCGUAUUGCUAAUCUUAUAGCAGUAAUUCUUGAGUAAAAAAAAAUCGUUCCAAUAAAUUCCAACGUUCAAAGCUUUACGAUAUUUAAUUAAUUCAGUAAAUAUAGUGUAGCGAUAAUGGUUAAAACAUGUCUUCCCUUUCCAAAAUGUUAUACAAAACAGCAGAUCUAAAAUCAGCUCAGCGUAUUUGCUGCGUGCUACGCCUUCGUAAUUAUUAAAAUUGAACCAAAUUAUUAAUGUUUUUUUCUAACAAAUCCAAGCAUAAGAAAGGAGAUGAACGCGAUGUAAUACAACGCGCUAAUAGAUUAUGUGUAUGCAUCGUAAUCAUUUGCCGUGGUAAAACCAAUCAGUUUCUUUCAUUAUUGAAUGUUGGGAUUUAUUUUGUUUAAACCGUCAUAAUAUAACGAUGAAAAUAGAAGACUUGAAACGCCACAAAGGUUGAAACUGAAAUAUGAAUUUGAGUAAUUUCACAAAAGAUGCGCUAAUACGAAUGCUUGUGAUUAAUAUGAGCGUGAUAUGCAAUCCCCACUACUAGCAGUGCUUAUCUGCUGGCAUGGAACUAGAAUGGGAUGUGAAACCUAUUAUUCCUGAUUUUCCUAAAAAAAAUUGUAUUAAAAUCUGCCAUAAACAUGUGCCUUUCCAUGGGUUUAAGCCAUAGGUGAUAACGGGGAUUAGAAUGGGAAUGUAACCGAUUGAUAUCCGAUUGACAAACAAACAAAAACAAGAUGACGAACCAAAUCAGAAUCUAAAAACAACUGAAAACAAUCUGGAGAAAAGAGUUACGAAAUGAGAAAUGUCUACACACAUUGUGUCAACUGCCAGAGAUAACAAGGUAAUUAUUGGUAUGUAAUAUGUUUGCUAUUCAAUGCUUCUUAAUUUACAAAUCACAACCACAUACGAUAUGCCGUCCUGUAGUACUUAUUCAUAGUUUGAUUAUACACAUACGUAAAUAGGAAGAACCUCCUCACCACUGCUGAUCAAUCGGCAACAGCUGAACGGUACACUGAUAAUAAUACCCAAUGCACAGUUUGAAUAUAUUUUUUUAAAUAUGUGAUUUUUGCGGACCCAUAUAUGAAGGUGAUGGCCCCAAUACGGUGCAAUUCGACGUUGGUAAUUUAAAAUUUCGAAAAAACAAACAUUUUAGUUCGUUAAAGAAACUAUUAAUGAGCAACGAUAUUAUGUUACAUAAACGAGUACAUUACAUAUAGCGAUUAUACAUGGUCGAAUGUGUCUGACUGCCGCAAGGAAAACUGUGUAAAUUUAAAAGAAAUCGCACAAAGUCAAAUACCACAAUGUGUGCAUUUAAAAGAUUAUUUAUUUUGACUAAACAGUCCCCUAUAUAUACUAUAUU